GUGGGAGAAACCACGGCUCACCCGUAAAUCUCUGAUGAAGUGUUGUCUCGUCAAGUGGAUUAUCGCCAGUACCACGCAACAAGGGCCAGGUACACCACCAGGAUAACAAACAACAACAAUACAGUCUAUUGAAAAUGUUCAUAAUUGUGUGGGACUCGAAUAAAGCAGUAGGUGGGGGUAGGCCUUCAAUCUCCUGCGCUACAGAAUAAAUACAUUUUAAAGCAUCGACCCCAUCUACAGGAUAUAUCUAUGUAUGUUCUCGCCCUUUUUUUCCUCUAUUCAGUGUUUACCGCUCAGCCCUCUCUCUUCACCAAACGCCUCUUAAUUUCAGCAGCUAACAAUCAGUGAAUGGACCACUGCCGCUUUCCCGCUCACCGCGAUUCAGCUUCAAAGAAUUAAGUUUGAUCCACUGCAUCAUCUCCUCCACAUCUCAUGCUCGCUCUGCUCCUCUUUUCUCUCUUUCUCUCACAGACACACAGAACUGUUGUUGUUGUUUUUUUGUGUCUGACCACUUCACCUCCUAGAAAUGAUAUCCAGUAUUUAGCAGGCUCAAUCCUGCAGCUAAAAAUAACUGCUGUCCGUCCGCUGCGGACGACAUGCUAGACUGCAGAGCCCUGAAGAAAGUGUCACAAAUCCAAAUUGCACCAAAUAUGGCAAAGCACUCCCCCGGUAGCAUGCGAUACACCUGACAAGUCUGAAGUUGAUCAGAUGAGCUGUUCACGAGCUAUGUGAAGAACAGACACAGAGAUCCCUUGCUUUAUAGUCAGAUGAUGAGCACAGUGUCGCCCACUGACUGCCCCUACAUGCCCCCUUUCUAUCUAAAUUAUUGACAUUGUCCUUUCUGUGCAGGCAAACUGUGUGUGUGCGUGCACUUGACCGGCAGGACAGAUAUUCAUUUCUGCAAUCUGUCCGAGCAAUAUCUCAUAAUUCACUUAUUUCAACUAAUAUAUCAAAUGUUUUUUUUCUCCCCCUCUGAUACUUGUAUCAGUCUGGGUAACAAACAUAGUGAUGAACAGACAAAAUGUCUCCUCUGCUGUUUCCAGAAAUCACCAGCUGUUGUCAUUUACUGCUUCUGCCAACAGACGGAAGGCCAUGUGCCUCGGACAGGACGUUGAUGAAAACAGUAACAGGACAAAUGCUCUGAUGGCUGACAAACCAUCACAUUAAUCAUACAAUUUGAAUAUAACAAUGAACUCCACUGCUAAUUUGGACUUUAGCAAGGAAAUGGUCUUUUAUUUAUGAGGCCUUUAAGUAUAUUUGCAGUAGGAAUGUACUGAAACUUUUGUCAGCACUCUAUAAGCUCAAAUUCAUCAUUAUUCUCACUUACUAUUUUAUUUUCCACCGGGAUCCUUAGUUAAAAUCGAACAAGCAGAUCUUCACCAAAUUUAUAACAACUUGAUCUCCCUCUAGUGGUGUCUGAACAUUAUAGCUCCUGAGUGUCUCCUGUACAGUAGAAGGUAUAGUCUGCACUCGCUCACACUCGACCCAACACAAAUAUAUUCCUAACAUUCAAAAAUAAUGCUGGAAAAUGUGGAACUGCUGUUUAGUGAUGAAAUCGAUGUCUGGUUCCAUGAUGCAAUGCAUUACAUCAUUUAUACACGAUUGUUUCUGUAGUUAGGAAGGUGAGGAAAAACACAAUCGUCAGAAUAUUUCACCGGUCAAAAUGUACAAUACAUUUUUUAUUGUGGCUGCUGCUGGGCCUCCUGCACUCUUUGAUAACUGCACCGGAGAGGAAGCUAGCUGUCAUAUCAUAUUAUAGAGAGUGAAAACAUUUGAGCUCUCUGUCAAAUCAUAUCGGCUGUUAAAAUGGGAGGCCAUCUGUGAGUAACCCACAGAUCAUGGAAAUACUGCUAUAAAAAUGUCAUUUUGAAUGGCUGCCAUACCAUUUUAAUGUAUAGUUUCUCAGGUAAUCAGUGUUAUCAAUGCACAUUUAAGUUUAAGUUUAGUGGAACCUGAACAAAACUCACAUGAAAGGGCAGGUGGAAUCCCCCUUUGCACAAUGCGAGGUGUGUAUGAAGCCUUUCCAGACAGGUAAUUUCUUGCCAAAAAUAAAAUGCAUAAAAAUCAAUGAAAGAGCUAAAAGCGUGCACUAAGCAAAAGGCUGAGAGCGAGCGAGCGAAGUCCACGGUGUUUAAUUGUGUGACGAGAACUGGUAUGACGGUUUGUGAUAGAUGGGCCCAGGCUCUGAGCUGUAAUGUUGCCCUCACUGCAGUCAUUAAAACCUGAUGGUUAGACCGGUUGCUGCAAUGUCUGCAUCUCUGCAUGCUUUAAGCCACCUCACUCUUGUCUGUAUUUAAAAGAAGAACAGGGAUAGAUCAGCACUUAAGGUGCAUUAAACAGUAUAAUGCUGCAUUAUUUUUAUGGCAGGCAAGUUCCCACAUGAGCUCAUACAUCUUGCAUGUUGUGUAAUGGCUGAGUGUGUUGCUGUCCGGUGAGGUAGGAUCAGCCCACACAUCAGAUACACUGCAAAGGGUAACUACAUGCAGCAUUUUAUCUGGGCGAACCAUCACCUCUGAUUUCACACCCUGACUCAUAUAUAAGGCUAUAAGUUAAGCAUAUUAUUUUGGAAGUCCAUUUUAGUACUGUAUGUCCAGUGCAAGACAGGUGCACUUACUCUGAGUGAGCUGUGUGCUCUGUUAACGUUGCAUCUUGAACUGGGAUAGCACUCCGAAAACACAAAACAAACUUAAUGCUACAGCGUCAAUAUACCAUUUUGUUUCAUAUGCUGACACAUUUUAUGCCCAUUUACAUAAACCCUCCCAGGGCUAUCAAAAUGCAUUUCUGGCCCGCUUUCUCUCCCUCUUCUAAGACCAGUAUUUUACCUCUCAACAAUUGAUUUGCCCUCCACCCCCUCUUUGUACUUUAACCGAGUCCAUUAUGUUGUGCAGAGUCAUCAGCCGUGAACUGUACUCCUAUUCUUCUUCCCUCUCGCUGUCCUCACUAUCAUCACAAAAACACUCGCUCGCUCUUUAACAGCAAAAAGUGAAAAAGUACUUUUUAGACCGCCAACACUCUGCGUGCGUGUUAUGCAGAGCAUUUCACAGAAGCUAUGAAUUGACCUCUGAAGGUGUGCAGCACAGAUAUAAUUCACUUAAAUGCCACGAUUCUUAACUACAAUCUCAUAAACAGAACACCGUUUUUACAGUUGCAGCGGUCACGGUGUCUUUCUGCCCUGAGUUAUUGACUGCGCGUGUAGCUGAACGACAUAGUAGACACAAGCAGCGCCACACAGGGAAGGGCAGGCUCCUUCAUUCUAAGUGCGGUUCAUAUCCCAGCCAUCAGCGGAUGUGGAUCAAUGCUUGGUUUUACAGCUUUGCAUCCUUGAAAUGACUGAGCAAAUGAAGGCAGCUUAGAUUGUCAAUCAGAGACUGUUGUUAAAGAAAUUCCUUCAGUAACCAACCUGAGACGCGCACGCGUGCACACAGCUCAGGACGGAGUGAGAGGAGAUGGAGAGAGUGGAGGGUGGAGCCCCUGAGUUGAUGGAGUUGUGGGAGAGAUCCUAAAAAUGAACUGGCCAGGAGGUGAGAUGCCAGCGCGUAGUCACAGAGAUGGAUCGUUUGCAAGUGGAGAAAGCUUUGGAUCAUUUUGGGGGAUUGUCACUCUAUGAAUUUGAUAUUAAUUUACUCAUGGUGGACUUUGAACUUGUUUUCUUAAAAGAGGAUGUUCUGCGGACAAUCUGUGUCGUCUUAAAUGGUCAGUGGUUUAAGUUGGGGGUUUCAUUUAAGUGAAUAAAACUGCUGAUGCCUGUUAAAACGUGGCAGGAGGAAGUUAACGUUAAGGUUUUUAAAAGAGGCUUCUGCACAGGAGAUAUCUAAUGCAAGGCAACAAUGGAAGUGGAUGGCAUGGAAGUAUUUGCCAUUGCUGUUGUUAUUGGAAUGUUUUAUGUCGUGCUCAAACAGUUUGGGGUUUGGGAGCCCUUGUCACUCGAAGGUAAGACAUAAAGAGAUGUAUGUAUGUUCACAUUUUGUCUUUGGUGUUUUGUGUAGCAUUAGAACAAUAAUGUUGACCGUAAAAGUGAUACUUAAUUUAUGAAUAAGUGCUGUCCAGCUGGCUGUAAAAUAUUAAAAGACAGUUUACAUUUUAGAAAACGUUCACAUACAGUAUAUACUAAAAAGCUUUUGGUUUGCUGUAAUUGCUUCUUUUAUUCAUACUGGACAUAAACAUUUGCAGCAACCAAAAACUCUUUCAGUGCACAUAUUGGCAUGUUAAUGUUGUUUUAAAACAAUAAAUAUAUAUAUCCUUAAUCUAUCCUUUAAUAACAUGAUCACUACAGUAUGUUGGUAAUCUGUCGACUUCAAACCAAAUAUGUUAACAGUUCUCUCUUCUUCCCCUCUCAUUCCUUCAUCCCCAUCUCUUCCUGGUCUGGUCUUUUUCAACUUCCCAUUUGUGGUGUUGCUCUUAUAAAGAUGAUGGUGAGCAUUUUGAGUUGUGUGCUGUAUAUAUUUUUUGCCUCCCAUCUAUUUGAUUUUCUAGUAUUUUCAACUCCCUCCUUCUUCCUUUUUGUUUUGUUUUUUCUUUCUUUUCUUCCCUCUAUUUCUGUCCUCUUUUCUUCCUCCCCCUCUUUGCCAUCCCAUCCUUGUUUUAUUUGUUUCUCACUGACAGACAGCUGUGACAAUGACUUUGAACUCUCAAUGGUGCGUCACCAACCAGAGGGCCUCGAUCAGCUCCAAGCCCAGACGCAGUUCACCAGAAAGGAGCUUCAGUCGCUUUACAGAGGCUUCAAAAAUGAAUGUCCCAGUGGGCUAGUGGAUGAGGAAACUUUCAAGACCAUCUACUCGCAGUUCUUCCCUCAAGGAGAUGCAACCACGUAUGCGCAUUUCUUGUUCAACGCGUUUGACAUGGACAGAAGUGGCUCCAUCCGGUUCGAGGACUUUGUGAUAGGAUUGUCUGUGUUGCUUAGAGGCUCCGUUACAGAGAAACUUCGAUGGGCGUUCAACCUGUACGACAUCAAUAAAGACGGCUACAUUACCAAAGAGGAAAUGAUGGCAAUAAUGACGUCCAUUUAUGAUAUGAUGGGCAGGUGUACCUUACCCAGUGUACGAGACGACUCUCCCUAUGAGCAUGUGGAGAAAUUCUUCCAGAAAAUGGAUCGAAACAGAGAUGGAGUGGUGACUAUUGAUGAGUUCAUAGAAACCUGCCAAAAGGAUGAAAACAUAAUGGCUUCCAUGCAGCUCUUUGAGAACGUCAUCUAGUUUCUGUAGAGGGACGUGGAUCAGUAAUGCUGCAUAUAGUGCUUCCAACUGCAAGCAUCUGGGCCUGAAAUCACCUCAUCCAUCUUGAAAAAGAAAGAAAACGUGUUGUGCAACACAUUUUACAUUUUAAUAGAAAUUGGCGAACACUGUUGCUUUUCCUGUCGAACUGUUCCAUGCAGAGAGAUGUGAAGAAUUCACCAAAUCACAUGAAGAAGAAAUGUUUCUUUGCAUGACCAUUUUGUUUUUGCACAUGAUCAAACCAGCUGAGCAUGAGUGCUUGCCCAUCAUCUAAAAAGCAUGUGAUGCAAACCACAUUGAACACAAACAAGGGUUUUAGCGUUGACCACUUUGAAACUUGGGCGAAAGAGAAUACUUUGUUACUGUACUAAACUGUAAAGAAAAUGUUUCUAAGGUCUUCAGAUUGUUGCGGUCAUGGUCAUUGUCAUGUUGACCCAAAACCUGCUGAAAUAAAUAAAUACCUUCACACAC